GCCUUGUCUUCGUCCUCGCUCAACGCCAAUCUCUCUCCUCUUACCAUUACCCAUUUCUCAAAUUUCCAACUGAAAUACGCCCGCCCCUUUUCCUGCGCGCUCCGAUUCCAAACCCUCGGAGCUCUCAAGACAAGAGAUUCAACAGAGCCGGAGCGGUAGCACCUCUUUCCUGUUUGCCUGUAACCUUCCUGCUACAGUACGCCGCAGCGAUUAGCGGCCCGAACCCAAAUCCGCAACGGCCUGAGCGAGCUAUUGAGCUCGGCGGGGCGGGAUUCUCGGCGUAGAGAGUAUCCUUCAGCUGUAUCGCGAAAGAUUGAGCCGAAUCGGUUGCUGGAGUUGAGCCAGCUCUUGGACUUCCUGCGAGCAGAAGUGAUCCGGAGAUUGGAGCUGCUGGUCCUGCCGCGUCAUGUCGCUGUUCCGGAAGUUCUUCUAUAAGAAGCCGCCCGAUGGUCUGCUCCUCAUCACAGAUAACGUCUACGUUUUUGAUCACUGCUUCUCCCUGAAAGAGGUGGAAGGGGACCAUUUCGAUGCUCACAUUAGAGGCAUUGCAGCAGAUCUUCUGGAAAAUUUUCGCGAUCACUCAUUCAUGAUCUCGAAUUUCGGGACUAAAGAGGAAGAAAGCCCUAUAUACCAUAUUUUGUCUGAGUAUGGUAUGACUGUAUUGGACUACCCUGGCCACUAUGAGGGAUGUCCACUCCUCACCAUGGAAAUGAUCCACUGCAUCUUGAAGUCCAGCGAAAGCUGGCUUUCUUUGGGUCAGCAUAACUUACUGCUAAUGCACUGUCAACGAGGGAGCUGGCCUAUUCUGGCUUUCAUGUUAGCUGCUCUUCUAAUAUACCUGGGGCAUUAUUCCGACGAGGAGAAAGUGCUGGAUAUGGUCUACAAGCAAUCGUCUUUGGAGCUUUUGGAGAUGAUUUCACCUCUGAAUCCCAUGCCUUCUCAAAUGAGAUAUUUGCGCUAUAUCUCGACGAGGAAUGUCAUGCCUGAGUGGCCUCCAGCUGAUAGAGCCCUCACAUUAGAUUGUGUUAUUUUGAGGAUGGUUCCAAAUUUUCAUGGCCAAGGUGGUUUCCGUCCAAUAUUCAGGAUAUACGGCCCGGAUCAUCUCAUGCCCCCUGAUCAGACUCCAAAAGUUCUUUUUUCAACUCCAAAGAAAAGCAACCUUGUCCGUUUUUAUUCACAGGCAGAUGAACUGGUGAAAAUAGACCUUCAAUGUCAUGUCCAAGGUGAUAUUGUCCUAGAGUGUAUCCAUCUGUAUGAGGAUCUGGAUCGUGAAGAGAUGGUUUUCCGAAUCAUGUUCAAUACAGCAUUCAUCCGGUCAAACAUCUUGAUGCUUAACCGUGAUCACAUAGACAUGUUAUGGAAUGCAAAAGACCAAUUCCCUAAAGAUUUUCGGUUUGAGGUUAUCUUUUCCGAUAUGGACAUAGUUACUUCACAUGUCACAACAGAGCCUGUUAUUCAUCAAGAGAAACAAGGACUUGGGGUUGAAGAGUUUGCUAAGGUGCUAGAUAUCUUUAACCAUUUGGACUGGUUGGAUGGGAAAAAAGACACCGUACCUCACACAACCCAGCUAAAGAUCUCAGCGAUUACCGAUGAACCUGAGACUUUCUUUGAUACUCGUGAAGAACUUGAAUCUGAAAGUUCUUCUGGUGAAAUUUAUUCUUCUAGUGUUGUUCUGAAGGUCGGAAAUGAAUUGGAUAUGCUUGUCAGCACUAAACCGAGACAUAUUCCCCAAGAUUCAAGUUCAGCUAAUGUUCAAUCCAAAUCACAAACUACAGUGCAGUCUCCUUCGCGAAUGCGGCGCACAGCAUUGUUAUCACCUUCUAAGGUUAAGGUUUCAAAGACCAGUGCUUCACCAAUGGAACUGUCUUCAAGUACAAUCAUGCCACAACAAUCAUCUUCGCCGGUUCAGCCUCGGCGAGUGAUGUCUGACUCUGCAGUAAAAUUUUUAUCAGAGAUAACAGAAUCAGCAUCAGGUGAGAUGUCUUGUUCACAAACUCCAGUUGAACAUGAACCUUCCUCUCUGAUGGAAAACAAUCCAGCACCAACAGCAUCUCUGUUACCUUUGUGCACACCUCCUCCUCUUCCUCCCCCUCCACCCACUGUCUCUUUACUCCCUGUUCCCACUAAGUUACCCAUAAAUACUAGCACAAGUACCAUCAACAUUUCCCUUAGAGCAACCGUGCGUUCCUCUCCACCUUCAGAACCAUCAGUCCCUCCUAAAGAUCUUUUGAGAACCGAAGAGCUGGGUAAAUCACAAGAACCUUCCUAUGAAACUCGUGGGAAAUUACAAACUGAUAGUACUACAGGUUCCAAUGAUUUCAUACUGUCACCAGCCGCUUCAUCUUCACUGGAUGAGGAAUUGAGCAACGCAAGAGCAUCUCUCCCGACAGAUUUGCCAGCAGUACCUCAAAAUCCAGACACUAGGCCCUUUGCAAUUCAAGCGACAAGAUCUGAAACUAUGCCGCCGCCGCCACCACCACCACCACCGCCUCCGUCAAAAUCAGGCAUGACGCUGUUUCCUUUGACACAUGGUGAAGAGGUAAAAAUCACUAUAGAAAAAGUCGUACCACAUCAGCCUCCGCAUCCACCAGCAGCAGCAGCGUCAUUUUCAAGCUCAAAUCCAGAUGCUGUAUCUGUAAUUCUAGCUCCACAAAAGAGAGCUCGGUCUCCACCGCCCCCGCCCCUGCCCCCACCCCCAGGGUUGGCAAAACCACCAUUUUCCUCUCUACGGUCACGAUCAUCACCUGAAGUCUCAUUGUCUCAACCGCAGUUUCUAGAUAACAAGGACAGUGCAACAAUGGAAUAUCCAGACACCCCGUCUUUGACACCUACAUUUUCACAAAGCGUUACACGGGUGCAAACACUGCAUGUUCCACCUCCACCACCUCCUCCAUCUCGAACACCGCCUGUUCCACCUCCACCUCCUCGAACACCACCUGUUCCGCCUCCACCACCACCUUCAUCUCGAACACCGCCUGUUCCAUCUCCACCUCCUGGAACACCACACGUUCCACCUCCACCACCACAUUCUUCUCAAACACCACCUACUCCACCUCCACCACCUCCCUCUUCACAAAGUUUCCCAUCCUUAAGUAGAAGAAAUCGUGUGGCAGCCCCUCAUCCACCUCCGCCUCCAGCACCACUGUCAUCCCGUGUUACUUCUGCACCAUCAGUACCACCUUCACCCCCAUUACCUCCUCCUAAGCUAGCCGUGGCCAAUAACACUUCACAGAAGUCACCAACAAUCCGACCACCUCCACCUCCACCCGGCCCCCUUCAUAAGCUUACGAAGGGAAGUGUUGCCAAUUCUAACCCUCCCCCACAUCCAGCAUUUUCAUUUGGUGCAAAGGAUCGUAGCACAGCCCGCUCAAAAAGUCCUAGAAGUUUACGUGCCAACCAGGCAUCUAAAAGGACCCCGCUGAAGCCAUUGCACUGGGUGAAAGUUUCAAGAGCAACACAGGGAAGUUUGUGGGCUGAAACACAGAAGUCUGAUGAAAUAUCUAGGACCCCAGAGAUUGAUAUCUCUGAGCUGGAAAGUCUUUUCUCUGUAACGAUGCCAAAUAUGGAGGCAAAACGUCAACGGCAACAACAACACCCUUCUGUUGCAACAAAGCAAGAAAAAGUUCAUCUGAUUGAGCUCCAACGCGCAAAGAAUUGUGAAAUUAUGCUGAGAAACAUUAAGAUGCCACUGCCUGAUCUAAUGGGUUUAGUAGUUGCUCUUGAUGAUUCCGUAGUUGAUGGUGAUCAAGUAGAUUACCUAAUAAAGUUCUGUCCAACUAAGGAAGAAAUGGAACUACUCAAAAGUUAUACGGGCAAAAAGGAGAACCUAGGGAACUGUGAACAGUUCUUCAUGGAGAUGAUGAAAGUACCAAGGGUGGAAUCAAAACUGAGAAUUUUGUCAUUUAAGAUAAAGUUUGUUACACAGGUUGCGGACCUAAAAAGUAAUUUGAAUACCAUCAAUUUGGUUGCUGAAGAGGUUAGGAGCUCUGUGAAACUUAAGCGAGUGAUGCAGACAAUUCUUUCUUUGGGAAACGCAUUAAACCAAGGAACUGCAAGGGGUGCAGCUGUUGGAUUUAGAUUGGAUAGUCUUCUUAAGCUCAGUGAUAUACGAGCACGUAAUAAUAGGAUGACUCUCAUGCAUUAUCUAUGCAAGGUUCUUUCGGACAAGCUUCCUGAAGUGCUUGACUUCAGCAGGGAUCUUGCAAAUUUAGAACCUGCCUCAAAGAUACAACUGAAGGAGUUAGCAGAAGAAAUGCAAGCGAUAACUAAAGGACUGGAAAAAGUGGAGCAGGAACUGGCAACAGCUGAAAAGGAUCCUUCAGAGACAGAGAUAUUUUACAGGAAACUGAAUUUAUUCCUUGAUGACGCCCAAGCUGAAGGAAGGUCGUUAGCUUCGCUUUACAGCAGUGCGGGGAAAAGUGCCGAUUCUCUAGCACAUUAUUUUGGUGAAGAUCCCGUGCGGUGUCCUUUCGAGCAAGUUGUCUCAACGUUGCUAAGCUUCACGAAGACGUUCGAGCGGGCCCAUGCGGAGAAUGUUAAGCAGAUGGAGCUGGAGAAGAAAAGAGCACAAGCGGAAGCAGAGAAAGAGAAGGCCAAACUAACUGCCCACAAGAAGAGGGAGUCGCUGGAGCUUGGAAUUUCAGGCCGGUGACACACCAUAUAUUGCAUCUGUGGAUAGCACGCACUUCACUAAUUCUGUGCCGCCUGAUCACCUAGACCAGCGGCAGAAAAUUUUGUAGCGCUCCUUCAGCGUGUAUCACAAGGAAGCUAGGGAGAAGUAAUGAUGUGUAGUCCUAAUAUAACAGUUCACUCGAUGUACAUAGCAGUUUCAGAUCUGUUGCUUCUGUAAAGAAAGGUUCCACAGCUAGCUCACGAAGGGAGCUGCAGUCUCUUUGGUUUGUCAGGAAGUUAGGGAGAAGUAAUGUUGUGUUAGUCCUAAUGUAACAGUUCACCUAAUUAGCGAGAAGCAAUACUGUACAUAGCAGUUUCAGGUCUAUUGCUGUUGUAAAGAAAGGUUCUGCAAACUCGUUUAGCUCUCGAUUUAUCUUGGGGAAUUCACCUGUUACUGCCACUUGCUAUAGCAAAUCUGUAAUCUUGCGAG